AUGAACGGUCACGCCGACGUUCGGUCAGAACACCGCUUCGACAUCAUCAUCAUCGGGGCUGGUAUCUCCGGUAUCAAUACGGCCUACCGUGUGCAAGAACAGCUGCCUGGCUUCAGUUAUGCCAUUCUCGAGGCUCGUCACGACCUGGGCGGGACGUGGGAUUUGUUCAAGUAUCCUGGCAUUCGCUCCGAUUCGGACUUGUUCACAUUCGGCUUCGAGUUCAACCCAUGGCGCCAAACCAACCCCAUCGCCGAGGGCCCGGAGAUCAAAUCGUACAUUGCCAACACAGCGCGUAAGUUUGGCAUUGACCAACACAUCCUGUACAAGCACAAAGUGACCGCCGCCAACUGGUCGAGUGAGGAGCAUGUCUGGAAUCUAUCGGUCGACGCCGACGGCAAGACGAAGGAGUACACAGCUCGAUUUGUGGUCUUUGGAACGGGAUAUUUCAAUUACGACCAGCCGCUCGAGGCCCAAAUCCCUGGUAUCAAAAACUUCAAAGGCCAGGUCAUCCAUCCGCAAUUCUGGCCCGAGAACCUCGAUUAUACCGACAAGAAGAUUGUGGUCAUCGGGUCUGGCGCUACAGCGAUCACUCUGAUCCCCAAUCUGGCCAAACGGGCGGCCCGUGUGACGAUGCUGCAGCGCAGUCCAACGUAUAUCAUGUCUCUGCCCAAUCGCUCCAGCACAUGGCUUUCAUACAUUCUCCCCACGGCGACAUUCCACCGCGUUCAGCGCACAAUCGCCAUCGUCAUCACGCGCAUGUUCUUCCUGCUCUGCCAAAAAUACCCCACGUUUUCCAAGUGGCUUUUGAAGCAGAGAGUCAGUCGCCAAUUACCCAAGCAUAUCCCGUAUGAACCACACUUUGCCCCACGCUACAACCCAUGGGACCAACGACUGUGUGUCUGCCCGGACGGCGAUUUCUUCAAAUGUCUCCGUGCCGGCAAAGCCGACGUGCGCACCGACACCAUCGAAACCGUCACCGAGAAUGGGAUCCUCUUAAAAUCCGGCGAGACCCUCGACGCAGAAAUCAUCGUCACCGCCACGGGGCUGAAACUUCAAAUCGCCGGCGGGUGUCAAAUCUCCAUCGACGGAGAGAAGUAUGACCUUGGCUCAAAGUACAUGUGGAACGGGGUCAUGCUCCAGGAUCUCCCCAAUGCGUCUUACAUCAUUGGAUACGCCAAUGCAUCGUGGACGCUCGGAUCCGAUGCGACCGCGCAGUUUGUCACACGAUUACUCAAGACCCUGGAGGAGCGCAAAUUGAUCGCUGCGACACCGCGACUCAAGCCCGACGAGGAGAAGAAUCUUGAAGAACGACCAUUGCUGAAUCUCAGUUCGACCUAUAUUUCUUUGGCCUCGAGGACGUUGCCGCGGGCUGGUAACAAGAGGCCUUGGCAACCGCGUGAUCAUUACCACAAAGAUAUGAAAAUUGCGUUGAAGGGAGAUUUGACUGAGGGGAUGGAAUUUGUGGCCGGGCCGAGUUUGCGAUUGCGACCGAAGAUGAAUUAA